AUGAAUACUAGAGUACCUGAUGAAGUCCAGAUCAAUGAUGAAGAAAAGAUAUCCGAGUCUCACUCCGGUGAUACUAUUACUUCAAUUGGCUUUGAUAACACUGCGAUAAAGAACCUGGUCAAGAAGCUUGAUCUUCGCCUCAUGCCAAUCCUUGCUGCAAUAUAUCUGGUCUGCUAUCUCGAUCGUACCAACGUUGGAAAUGCGCGACUCGAAGGACUGGAAAAGGAUCUUCAUAUGGCUGGUCUCGACUAUAACAUUGCUCUAUGUGUGUUCUUCCCUUUCUACGUCGUUGUAGGGGUUCCUAGCAAUAUGAUAAUUAAAAGAAUUCGUCCGAAUAUAUGGUUGACAGGGAUCGUGUUGUUUUGGUCCGUUGUUAUGGUUUGCCAGGGCCUGGUACAUAACUUUGCCGGGUUGCUUGUUGCUAGAUGCUUCUUAGGCAUUGCAGAAGGUGGUUUAUAUCCUGGUGUGGUCUACUAUAUCACGAUGUGGUAUCCCCGACAUGAAUGUGGUUUCCGUAUGGCAUUAUUUUUUGCUAUGGCUACGGCUGCAGGUGCAUUUGGUGGGCUAUUUGCUCGUGGAAUUUCGGAAAUGUCUGGAACAGGUGGUAAAGAUGGAUGGUCAUGGAUUUUCAUUAUCGAAGGUCUUCUUACAUUUUGCGUUGGCUGUAUAUCGUAUUGGGCGAUUGGAGACUAUCCAGAUAAUGCAAAGUUUCUUUCCGAUUUAGAGCGAAAAGAGGUCUUGAGGCGGCUUGUGAACGAUCGGAACCUUCUUUCGGAUGAUUGGAAUUCAAAAUACGUGUGGCAAGCAUUGAAAGAUUGGAAAAUCUAUGUCAAAAUGAUUAUAUCUUUCUGCAUGGCCACGCCACUGUACUCAUUAUCUUUGUUUCUGCCCACUAUAGUUAAAGAUAUGGGCUAUACCAGUAACGCGGCCCAACUCAUGACCGUCCCACCUUACGUUGUUGCCUGUUUCUUCACAAUAUCAGUCAGCUUCAUUGCCGACAAAGUGCAAAAAAGAGGAAUAUUUAUCCUCGGAUUUUUAGCUGUGGCUAUGACUGGAUCCGCGCUACUUAUCUCAAGCCAUGAAACACCUGUUCAGUACACUGGCGCUUUCCUUGCGGCUGUCGGAAACAAUUUAAGUGGGAGUUUAAAAAGAGGAGUUGGUUUCGGCAUGGUUGUUGGUUUCGCCAACUUUGGGGGUAUUGUGGCAGCUUUUAUCUAUCGUUCCGUGGACAGUCCCAGGUUCAUUGAAGGACAUGCAAUUUUUCUCGGCAUGUUAUUCGUCGCUUUCGUUCUAACAGCUUUCAUGAUGAGUUAUUACAAAUUAGAAAAUUCGCGAAGGGAUGCUCGAGAUGCGGAGAGAGGACUUACGGCGGAUACUUAUACACCGGAAAUGAAGCUUGAACAACAACAUGAGGGAGAUGACGCAACUUUCUGGAGAUAUACUAUUUGA